UUCGGACGUUCGUUUUACGAUGGUGGACACAAAAGCUCAAACUCCUGAGAAGAAGGUUGCAGCUGUUCCAGCUGCAGCCAAAGAAGAUGCAAAGAGCAAGGGAAAGUCUGCAAAAGGAAAGCCUGCGAGAGGAAAGUCAAGGAAUUAUGACUUAGGAAAUGGUGUCUAUAGGUUUAGUCGUACUCGCAUGUUUCACAAAAAGGCUAUCUAUAAAUUCCUUGAGAAGAAAACUCCAAAAAAGGUCAAGCCCAAGAAACCAUUGACUAUUGAAAAGCAGAUUGGUGGUGACAAAAACGGAGAAAAGCGUAUCGUGCUUUUGAAGAAAAGACGCGCAAAUUAUCCUACUGCUGAUCGGGUUACUGUGCACCAUGCUAAAAAAUGUUUCCAUGAACAUCGUCGUUACUUGAGACCUACUCUGACACCAGGAACAAUCUGUAUCCUGUUGGCUGGUCCUCAUAAAGGAAAGAGAGUGGUCUAUUUGAAACAAUUAAAGAGUGGCUUGCUUUUGAUUACUGGACCAUUCCUGAUCAAUGCCUGUCCUUUGCGAAGAGUUAGUCAAAAUUAUGUGAUCGCUACCUCCACGAAAUUGAAUGUCAAUGGCGCCAAAUUGCUUGAACAUAUUAAUGAUGAUUAUUUCAAAAGAAAACGUGACAAGCGCGCUAAAAAAGAGGAAGGUGACAUCUUCAGCAAAAAGAAGGAAGAAUAUAAACCGAGCGAUCAAAGAAAGGCUGAUCAGAAAGUAGUUGACAAAAUGGUAAUUGACGCUAUUAAGAAACAUCCAGAUAAGAAGUUGCUGUUCACAUAUCUGUCGGCAAUGUUUGGAUUACGAAGCAGUCAGUAUCCACACAGAAUGAAAUUUUAAUUCUCUGUGCUUAUAAUUCGAGGAAAUAAAUAUAAAAUUA